GUGCACGAGUCUCCGCAGUGUCUAGGCUUAUGCUUGAGAAGCUGCAGCUUGUUAUGUUCAUGAAUUGACGUGCACAUACGUCAAAAUUCAAUCAUUCAAUCAAAUUUUACCACCAACACGCCAAAAAAAACACUUGCCGCCACCAGACUCGUUGGUGACAUCCUAGCGGCCAUACGUUACAGGGAACACCCGUCAAGAUGAUGCAGUCCGACGCUACCCGACAAAGUUCAUGAUACAAGCCAAGUAGAAAUGGACUUGGCUGAUUUAAAAAUUGAAUUGCGGCCGAAAAGAGUGUGUGCCAUGCCAUGCCCAACGGAAGCCGCGGAACUGUAGUGAGUGCUGAAUUACACGACGCUAUACAUAAGCGCGGGUUGCAACUUUUGACGACUGGUAUUCCCUCACGCGCCGCCGUCGAGGUCAUCGAGCAGGAACAACCACUUCCCUCUACUGGUGGAUUGCCGACUAGUCCCAUGGCGGCAGAAGGGAGUAGUUCUUCUGGCAGCGAAAAUUUGGAGGGCGAGGACACCUCCAUAAACAACUCUGUUGUGCACGAGUUUGAUUCACAACGUGAAGACCGCAUUGUCGAUCCACACGAGACUGAUGACGGCCAAGCAAUUCGGUAUGUUAACCGCGAUGAACCACGGUAUCCGGCAGUCGCCCAGUACAUACUGUCAUCAGAAACACCCAGCACGUCCACCUUUGAAACGCCCCUCCUGCCUCCAGAUUCACCUUCACCUUCACCUCAGUUCCGACAGACUCCCACACGCUCCUUAUCUUACAAUGCCAUCCACAACUAUGUAUCCUCCCCCUUGAACCCCAAUCCUUCCCUUUCGGCCCCAGGUUCUCCCCAGCCCAAUUUGCGUUUUCGGUCACAGUCGCGCCAGAGCAGCAUGCACUUCAACCGCGUAGCCUCGGAGGACUCCCAGGUCCUCGCCGGGUCCAACAUGGGAUCUCUUCCUGCUGGUCAGCGCGGUUCAAUGAUACUUUAUCGUCUAGCUGUAGAAGACGACCGUGGUACAUUGCUCAAACCGAAAGCACUCCCUAACCGUGAUUCGGUCCUUAGUACCUCAGAAGAUUCUAUUUUCUCACUCUCAUACGACAGCAAGUACCCUUCUGGUUCUUCGCAUGCACGUGGUACUCUCGUGCCCUAUGCCUAUGACCCAACCCUCGAUGAGCAAGAAGAGGAUGACCCCCUUCACGAUAUUAACGACCACCGCAUCUUCAACAGCAGUGGCUUCCCCCUCAGAGGUGUCCUCAACGUUGGUGUGCUCGUCCUCCUUAUUUUGGCUCUCCUCAGUCUCUUCAUCAUCUACCCCGUCCUCGACUAUUUCCAAAAUCAUGCCCAGACAGCUGUGACAACGGGAAACGUGCUUGUCAAUGGAACCGGUCAGGUUGCGGUUCUAUUUCAAAUGGCGGAACUCAUCGAUCCUGAUACGCCCAGUAGUGCAGCGACGCGGACGGGCUUUGACGGCCUCCCAUACGAGCUCGUCUUCUCGGACGAGUUCAACACCCCCAAUCGUACUUUCUGGCCAGGGGACGAUUCUUUUUGGGAAGCUGCCGAUAUCUGGUAUUGGAGUACGAGCGAUCAGGAGUGGUAUGACCCCGGCCAGAUAACAACAAAAGAUGGGUAUCUGAGCAUUGUCAUGGACCAGAACACCAAGAACGGUUUACCAUAUCGGAGCGGUAUGCUCCAGAGUUGGAACAAGUUUUGCUUCACACGUGGCUACAUCGAAGUGUCAGUCAGUUUACCGGGGCCGAAUCAGGAGACUCAGGGUUAUUGGCCGGGUGCAUGGACAAUGGGUAAUCUUGCACGCCCGGGAUAUGGAGCCACGACAGACGGCGUGUGGCCUUACUCCUAUGACUCCUGUGAUGUUGGCACGUUCCCGAACCAGACGGAGCCGGAUGGUUCUGGACCUGCUGCUGCUCUCCACUCGAACGCCUCGAGGUCCAAGUACGAUUAUGAGCUAUCAUGGCUAUCGGGACAGCGUCUCUCUUCAUGUACAUGCCCAGGAGAAGACCAUCCCGGACCAUCCGUGAAUGUUGGUCGUGGUGCCCCUGAAAUCGAUAUUCUCGAGGUUGAGCGUAACCAGCUGGGCUCGGGGCAGGUCGUCUCGCAGUCCGGCCAGUUCGCGCCCUUCACGCACGACUAUCUCUACCUCAAUGACACCCAGGAUAACUGGAACAUUAACACGCCUGAAAUCACAACUCCAAAUAGCUAUCGAGGGAGUGCGGUCCAACAAGCAGUAUCUGCAUUAACCGUUCUUCCUGAUAAUAUUUUCCAAGAAUCUGGCGCGCAGUUCACGACCCUCGGCUUUGAGUAUUGGUCGGAUCCCUCAAAUCCUUCAGAUGGAUACAUCACAUGGCAGACAGCCGGCGUCCAGUCUGCGCAUCUCGGUGCAGGAGCACUUGGUCCUGAUCCUUUACCAGAUGGCACAGGCGUAUCGCAACGGUUGAUCUCUGUAGAACCAAUGUCUAUCGUCCUCAACUUGGGCAUAUCACCAAAUUGGCAAACGAUUGAUCUGAGCACGAUGAUCUUCCCUGCUGAGAUGCGUGUCGACUACGUGCGUGUGUAUCAGCGGAAAGGGCAGACGAAUGUCGGGUGCAGCCCCACAGACUAUCCUACGGAGGACUAUAUCAAGCGGCAUAUGGAUUCGUAUAUGAAUCCUAAUCUUACGUCGUGGAAUUAUCAAAAACCGAAGAACAGCUUGUAUUCCGGGGGGUGCUAG